AUGAAGCUUUCUACGCCUACACUCAUGGCCAUUUUGGUCUCUUCUGCCUUCGUAUCGGCCUCUCCUGCUAUUCCCAAGCCUUCUGGCGCAGAGUUCACAGGAUUAGUCAAGAAGUCGGAUGUAUCCGAUGCAUUGAGCAUCAUCGAGGAGUUGGGACGUUUGAACCAAAAGAGAGAGCUUGUUGACGACGAAAAUGAAGCGUUUGAGCUCUCUAAAAGAGCAGACAAUUUGCUCACGGAGUUGAUUUCAGCAUUGGCUAACUCUGGAAUCAUUGGCCAGGUCUGGAAAGCCUUGACUAGCGACCCAGAAUUGAAAGGCGUGGUUUCGUCUCUUGUGAAAAAUGCUCUUCAGACUGCCGUGACACAAGGUCCCGCAUUAAUCAAGGCUCUUUGGAACUCCAACUUGCUUCAGAACUUGUUCCAGACUAUCUGGAAAGAUGGCGCGUUGAGAUCUACUCUCUUCUCUGCGGCAAAGGCCAUUUUCGGCUCGGGCUUAAACUUGUUGAAAGCUUUUCUCGCUGAAAAAACCGGCGGCUCCGGUGCUACUCCUGCUGCCACCCCUGCUGCCGCUGCCACACCAGCCGCCGCUAAGAGAGAAGUUGAUCUCACUGAGUACUAUGAUAAGAGAGACUUGGUCGAUGUGGCACAGACAGUUUACUCUGCCAUCAAGAGCACCGGUAUCGUGCAAUCACUCGUGAAGAAGGUUUUGGCAGAUCCAACGGCCUCGGUGGAAUUCUUGUCGACUGUUUUCCUGAAGGGACUUGUUGUGGGCAAGGAUGUGUACAACUGGGCCAAGUCUUCCGGCGUGUUGCAGUCUGGUCUUAAGUGGCUUGCCCUGAAUGGAGCAAACUACGCUAAGGAUAUUGCUGGUUUCCUUGGCUCCAAGAUUGCCAAUGGCGAAGCUUCUGUGUCCGACAUUGACGGAGCUUCGGCUCCUUCUGGGACCACUGUGGCCACUACUGCGGCGAUUGUUGCAACUGCUAAUGCUGCUGCCACUGCCGCUGCUGCUGCCGCAGCUGGGGCUGGGGCUGGUAACGUCGCUACUACGCUCAUCCAAAAGAGAUUAUACUGA